AUGAGGGAGAUGAAUAAUGUUGACAAGUUAUCUUUGGAGUGGAGUAGAAGCAGUACUCCUGACAAUUCAGAAAUCAAAAGAGAUAUAGUUGAUGCGAUAUGCCCACACACAAACACAAAAGCAGUCGAAAUUAGAGGAUAUAGAGGGAUAAAUUUUCCAAAUUGGUUAGCUGAUCCUUCAUUUCUUAAGCUAGUAGAAUUAGGGAUGCAUGGAAUAACAGAGGUGACGGAAGAAUUCUAUGGUAGUUCCACCUCCAAAAAGUCUUUUAACUCUCUUGAGAAGCUUGAAUUUGAAGAUAUGCCAAAGUGGAAGCAAUGUCAUGUACUAGGAAAUGGAGAGUUGCUUGCACUUGAGAAGCUUUCAAUUCAAAAUUGUCCGAAGUUGAUAUGGAAGUUGCUUGAAAAUCUUACUUCUCUAACAGAAUUGAUAAUUUCAAGAUGUCGUCAUUUCGCCAAUUACCUUGAAGACAAUACAAAUAUCUUGUUGCCAGAAAUUGAAAUUGGAGCAGCCAGUUGGUGA